ACACACACUCACAGAGUCUGUGUCCUACUGACAGUGAACAGGAAACUCGAGGCUGUCAAAAGAUCACACAGAGCCCGUCACUUCACUUAUGAGCGCCGUUUACACUAUAAAUACUGUUUCUGCUGUGCAGGAGGCGCGUUUUUCUGCAAACCCCGCUUUAAAACAAGAAAAAUGUCAGUGGACCAGAAAUUUGUGAGUCCUUUCCACAGACCGUAUCUCUUUGAUUCUCUGUGUUUCGCAGGUGGGAUUGCCGGAGGCAUUGAAAUCUGCAUCACGUUUCCUACAGAGUAUGUGAAAACUCAGCUUCAGUUAGAUGAGAAGGCAAACCCGCCUCGCUACAAAGGCAUCGUUGACUGUGUGAAGCAGACGGUGCGUGAUCAUGGGGUGAAGGGUCUGUACCGCGGUCUGAGCUCUCUGGUCUAUGGCUCUAUUCCCAAAGCGGCGGUGAGGUUUGGGAUGUUUGAAUUCCUCAGUAAUAAGAUGAGGGAUGAGUCUGGGAAGCUGGACAGCACGCAGGGGUUGAUCUGCGGUCUGGGCGCAGGAGUGGCCGAGGCUAUAGUCGUGGUGUGUCCUAUGGAGACUGUAAAGGUCAAAUUCAUCCACGAUCAGACCUCAGCGAACCCAAAGUACCGAGGAUUUUUCCACGGCGUGAGGGAAAUAGUCAGAACACAAGGACUCAAAGGAACAUAUCAGGGACUGACCGCAACAGUACUGAAGCAGGGCUCAAACCAGGCCAUCCGAUUCUACGUAAUGACCGCUCUCAGAAACUGGUACAAAGGUGAUAACCCCCAGAAGACUAUUAACCCCCUCGUGACCGGAGUGUUUGGAGCCGUUGCUGGAGCCGCAAGCGUGUUUGGAAAUACACCACUGGAUGUGAUCAAAACGAGAAUGCAGGGAUUGGAAGCUCACAAAUAUAAGAGCACAGUUGACUGCGCCAUCAAAAUCAUGAAACAUGAAGGACCGGCUGCAUUCUACAAAGGCACCGUGCCCAGGUUAGGCCGGGUCUGUAUGGACGUGGCUAUAGUGUUCAUAAUCUACGAGGAAGUGGUUAAAGUUCUCAACAAGGUGUGGAAGACGGAUUAAUGGAGGCGUGACGCUGAUGGGCGGAGUCUGGCCUUCAUGACAUCAUACCGGUGUGACCACAGAGAGCCUUUACUCAGCGGCCAAAAUAUCUGCCAACGGCAGACGACACAGAAAGUCACUGGAAUGUGCUUAAUUACCAUCAUUUAAUCAACAGAGGGAGAGAUUUUCCCAACUAAUGUGAGAAAGACACCAAAUACUUGAAAACUAGUUUUUACCCCAAAGACCAAUUUAAAUAUUAGACUUUU